AUGUCCCACGCCGACCACACCCGGGACCCAUGUCCCUGGGUAGUCCUCAACGAUUUUGGAGGUGCGUUUGCGAUGGGAGCUGUAGGUGGAGGGAUAUGGCAUGGUAUCAAAGGAGCUCGAAACUCCCCACGAGGAGAGCGUCUCAUUGGGUCGAUUGCAGCUAUCAAGGCCCGAGCGCCUGUGACGGGAGGAAACUUCGGUGUAUGGGGUGGGAUGUUCAGCACGUUCGACUGUGCCGUUAAGGGGUAUCGGAAAAAAGAGGAUGCCUGGAAUGCCAUUAUCUCUGGUUUCCUCACCGGUGGCUGUCUGGCCGUGCGAAGUGGACCACGAGUCAUGUUCCAAUCGGCAGUGGCGUGCGGUAUUCUCCUCGGUGUCUUCGAGGGUGUCGGUGUGCUGUUGAACCGUAUGUUCAGCGAGCAGAACCGACAACAGCUACCACAGAGUGCGUCUCCUCUUCCCAUCCAUAUCUUGGUUGACCGUGAACCAAUACUUGCUCCAGUCAUGGAGCCUCCGCCCCCGCAACCUGUCCUGUCCGGCCCGACCCAUGUCCCGGCCUAG